CCUCAACCACGCUUAUGGUUUAGAAGUAGCGUGAAACCCGAGGCUCAAAUAAGAUGGAUCUGGCAACCCGCCCAGCAAGAGAGCAACUUCCUGUUCAUCUCAGCAGCUCAUUGGCUCCCGGUUUCACCCGCGAAAAGUGUUUAAUCUAGUGUUUGUGGGCAGUUUUGCGCGCUGCGGGGCAGAAUUCAGCUGGUUUAUUAUAUGAUUUAAGCGCAGUCUCAGGACACAAUGCCCGGCACAGCAGCAGAAAUAUCAAAAGUCUCUGACGGCGAGAAAGAAAAGUCCGGAGAGCAGCAGAAGGUUUUCUCUCUGUUCUGUGACGAGCGCGGGUACUUAGAUCAGAUCAAAUACAUCCUGCAGUGCGGCACGCGCAAAGGAGAUCGGACAGGGACCGGUGUCGUCUCUGUGUUCGGCUCACAGGCGAGAUACAGUCUGAGAGAUCAGUUUCCUCUGCUGACGACCAAAAGAGUAUUCUGGAAAGGCAUACUGGAGGAGUUGCUUUGGUUUAUCAAGGGUUCCACAAAUGCCAAAGAACUGUCAGAGAAGGGUGUGCGAAUCUGGGACGCCAACGGAUCCAGGGAAUUUCUGGACAACAGCGGCUUCACGGAUCGAGCGGAAGGAGAUCUGGGCCCGGUGUACGGCUUCCAGUGGAGACACUUUGGAGCGGAAUACAAUGACAUGCACACCGAUUACUCUGGCCAAGGGGUUGACCAGCUGCAGAAAGUCAUCGACACCAUCAAAUCAAACCCAGAGGACAGACGGAUCAUCAUGUGUGCCUGGAAUCCCAAAGAUCUCCCUCUGAUGGCACUGCCCCCGUGUCAUGCAUUAUGCCAGUUUUACGUAGCCGACGGUGAGCUGUCAUGUCAGCUGUAUCAGCGUUCUGGAGACAUGGGACUUGGCGUGCCUUUCAACAUCGCCAGCUACGCCCUGCUCACCUAUAUGAUCGCCCACAUCACUGGACUCAAGCCUGGAGAUUUUGUGCACACGAUAGGCGACGCGCACAUCUACGUGAAUCACAUCGAGCCUUUGAAUGAGCAGCUUCAGAGAGAGCCACGGCCGUUCCCCAAACUCAAGAUCAGACGCAGAGUCGAACAGAUCGAUGAUUUCCGUGCAGAGGAUUUUGAGAUAUGUGACUAUGACCCUCACCCCACAAUUAAAAUGCAAAUGGCUGUUUAGAGUUCAAAACGGUCUUUAAUGCACUUUGUGUUUUAUAGAAAAAUCUAAAUAUAUUUCUAGAAAUAGAAAAUAAAAGUUUUUUUAAUUAAAAUUAUUUCAUUAUUUUCAUUCUUAUGCUUCUCAUUCAUUUAUAUCUCAUCAGAUUGGUCUGACGUUUAUGUAAGAGAUCAUGUGCAUUAAGGAUAUACCUGACAAAUGUGAAAUUAUUGGACACAAAUAUUGAUUUGAAAGGUUUUAUUGAGCUGAUUUGCAACAAAUGUAAACCCCUUCUCCAAAGAAAAAACAUUUAAGACCAAGACUCACAGUUUAAACAAGACUGACAUUCAAUUUGCUUUCAAUCAUUUGUAAAUAAAAUCUCAUUAAUUAGGUAUAUUCGUAUUGAACUUGUUAGCAUUAAACUUCACCAGUCAAGAUGGACGGUGUGUUGUCAGUUUUAGUGGCUGUUUACGGAAAAAACACGCUUUGGAAAGUCCUGACUGACGAAGAAUCAAGUAUCAGAAUCAAGUAUUCGAGACAGUGAUGUAAUAAUGUGCAGUCAUUGAUCUUCACCAUCACGUCUGUGUUUCUUUUUCUCACUUGUCGUGCUUCAGAAUGUUUGUCCAAACCUCUCCAUCAGGAAACUGAUGCUUCUGUACCGACUCUUCCAGCAUCUCACAGGAGAAACCAGGAUCCUGAAGAAUCAAACACAGUUUAUUUACGCUCAUUCACAAGAACUCGCUCUAGCCAGAUUCCUGAGCUUCACAAUUUACAUUUAUGCAUCUUAAUUCAAGGUGACUUGCUAACAGUUUUUUUAGAAAUUUUAAAUCGGUGUAAAUUUGCUCUGCACAUUUGAUCUCUAAAAGUAAACAAUCCUGGCAAUUACAUGUCUGGAUUAUAUUAAAUCACAAAACCACAGGAAGGUCAAUUAUUCAUACACCAUGUGCUAUUUAUUGUACUCUAGAUAUGAUGAUUUUAAUAAAUAAAAUUCAAUACUAGUUUAUUUUUCACAAAAUAAUGUCAAACAAUUCCAAAAUAUGAAAGGCCUUCUCUCUCUUUGUUUUUGAUGCAAAAUGUAACGUUUCUUUUUGGGUUGAAUAAGACCUGAACAAAAUUCACAUUUUACUUUUAUAAUAAAUAUAGGAACAUGUUGAA